AUUACCCCAUCCUAUAAGGAUUCCUAGGGUUUCUCUCAUUUCUAGGGUUUUCACCAACUUCGCUUUCUUCCCCGGACCCAAGCUGCCGAUCUCUCGACCGCCAAAAUGCCGUCACACAAGACCUUCAUCAUCAAGAAGAAACUGGCGAAGAAGAUGAGGCAGAAUCGUCCCAUCCCUCACUGGAUCCGUAUGAGGACCGACAACACCAUCAGGUACAACGCAAAGCGCAGGCACUGGCGUCGCACCAAGCUAGGGUUCUAAGGUGGUGGCUUCAAAUCUCGCGUUGAUUUAUUAGCUUAUUUUGAUGAAAAUUUAGGGGUUAAUUUGUUUUUGCAAAGACAAUGAUACAGAGCUUGGUGGUUUUGUAUUUUUGCGUAAGGAGAAGGCCAUUUGUACGGAACCAUUUGGAAUUUUUGUGAUUGAUCAGUCUUGUUUUUCGAUAUUUCUAAGCUUUUUAUACUGAUUUUGAAUCAUGAGUAAGCCUUAUUCUCUCCGAAUUGUGAGGGAAUGCAUCUAUCAAUUAUUGUUUCCACUA